AUUGCCUCUGAUUCUAAGCAGGCUGCGAGAUGCGGCUGAAGUAAGAAGGGGAAGCUCUGCUCAUUAUAAAGAUUUGCUUUUGUUUUGCUUUGAUAUGUUCCGAGGGAUGUGACCGUUCCACCACCACAGCUCCGGGUCUGCAUACCCAUUUAACGUUAUUUAAAAAAAAGAUACGCACACUUGUUAAUUCAAAAGUGGCUUCAAUUUCCUAGGAAGUCGCGUCGGUUUGCCCAGAGCGAGAUGUGACUGACAAGACUACAACAUUCACGUCACAGCUGUCGGAUCUUCAAAUCCCAUACUUUAGAAAAAAAAGCCGAAGUCUCGACAAGUGAACGGUUUGUAAUAUAAACAGAAAGCUUCACCCAUAGCCUGCCAGUCCUUCUGAGCAGCUUCCGAGAUGAAGGCAACGAACAUUUUUCAACUGUGCGUAACACUGUCAUUUGUACGUACUUGCAUCGGACUGAAAUGAUCCUACAAAUUGCAUGCAAUCUGACUCUAUUUUUGGACAUCGUAACUGGUUUGCAUGCGAGCCUUCGGUUCAGUCAAGGAUGGGGGUACCUUCCAAUCCUUGACUCAUUGAUUUUUAACAGACUGAAAUCAAUCGAAGUCAUCGCAAUUGGUUAGAGUUGUCCGGAUCAUUGAGCAUUAUAUGCCUGCAAACUGGAAAUAGGUGACAACGUUAAGACUUUAUUUACUUCUCAAUUCCACCUGACUACUGUUAAUACCUACAUCCAUCCAUACCAUCCCAUGAUUGAUGCCAAUGUGGAGGCAAUCAGUUCCAGUGAAAAUUAAAGACAUCUUCAACUUCAGUCAGAAAAGGAUGAAUACAGCUUUGGAUGGCAGUUUUUGACAAUUCCUUGACAAGUUAUUCUGUAUGGGCACUAAGGUCAGAUAUUUACAUGUUGAUUCCCUGUGAUGGAUGAAGCUGAUGUAAAUGAGAGUACAAGUGAUGGUGAGCCACAUGAAAUUCCUGGUUUCUCUAUACUUCAGAAGACAGUUCUCAUCACAUUUCUUUCAGCUAUUAUGGUGAUGACUAUUUUGGGAAACCUACUGGUUAUGGUAGCUGUAUGCAAGGACAGACAGCUACGGAAAAUCAAGACCAAUUACUUUAUUGUCUCUUUGGCAUUUGCUGAUCUGCUUGUUUCAGUCAUGGUAAUGCCUUUCGGAGCUAUCGAACUAAUACAGCAAAACUGGAUAUACGGAGAUAGAUUUUGUCUCGUCCGAACUUCACUAGAUGUCCUGCUUACCACAGCGUCUAUUCUUCAUCUGUGCUGUAUUUCUUUAGAUAGGUACUACGCUAUCUGUUGUCAACCUCUGGUUUACAGGAACAAAAUGACACCUCUGCGUAUUACAAUAAUGCUCGGGGGUUGUUGGAUUAUCCCAUCUUUUAUUUCAUUCCUACCUAUCAUGCAGGGCUGGAAUAUCAUUGGAAUACAGGAAUUGGUAGAAGAAAGAAAAUCAAGUAAUGACACAAACAUAACAAAAUGUGUUUUCAUGGUGAACAAACCCUUUGCCAUAACGUGUUCAGUUGUAGCAUUUUACGUACCUCUUCUCUUAAUGGUUCUGGCAUACCAAAGGAUAUAUGUGACAGCCAGAGAGCAUGCACGACAAAUUGAAAUGUUAAAACGUGCAGGAACUUCAACAGAUUCUGGGCAACAAGCCGACCAUUCAGGCAACCACAGAAUGAAAACUGAAACAAAAGCAGCUAAAACCUUGUGUAUUAUUAUGGGAUGUUUUUGUCUCUGCUGGGCUCCAUUUUUCAUCACAAACAUUGUGGACCCAUUUAUAAACUACUCUGUGCCAGAACAACUGUGGACAGCCUGCUUAUGGCUUGGAUACAUUAAUUCAGGGUUCAAUCCAUUUCUGUACGCUUAUCUGAACAAGUCCUUUAGGCGUGCCUUCCUGAGAAUUUUGUGCUGCGGUGAUCGAUACAGACGAUCGUCUCUGCUGGGGCAGACAAUACCAUGCUCCGCGACAACAAUCAAUGGAUCAGCUCAUGUAUUGAGGUACACAGUUUUACACAACGGCCAUCUUCAGGAGCAUGAGAAUCUGUCUCUACAAACUGACAUUGAGUCGUAAAGGUAUUGCUUUUGAACAGGACUGAGACGCAGAAAACAUGGCCUUAUCUCAUCACUGGAAUUGUUUUUUUUCUCUCUCUGUUUAAGAUCUUCCUCCCACUAAUAAAUACUAAAUAUGUUUACAAUACCAUUAUACCCAAAAUAAAAGAUUAAUUUGCAUGGUUAGAAUAAAUGUUUUGUAAAUUAUUGUUAGAGUGAAUAAAGUAUGCUCCUCAAGGGAAUUUUUAUGAAUGGCUUCUAAAUUUAAGAACUUAUGUUGUAUUUUCCUGUUACUAUGUGACAGCUGUUUUAAACCAAAUGUUAGAAUGAGACUAGAGACAAAACAAAAAACACAAUCAGCUAUUUACAUAUUAUGAAUAGUAGAUCAAAUGCACGCAAUCUUUUGGUGUUGAGUUUCUGCUUGUAAAAUGCGAUGUACUAUUUGUAAGCUUUAAAACCAAGUGGUGUAAAUGUGUCUCAAAUGUCUUCAAAAUGUGAAGCCUAUUCAAAGCAUUAGAAGUAUUUUAUAUUGUGAAAGGAUUUUUAGAGAUUGCCUGCUAGAAAAUUGUAGUUCAUUUUGCUCUUACUGGAAGCAAGAGAUGACAGAUAAGUGACUCCAGCAACUGAGUCAUAAGCUUUAACUGUAAUUCCCACAUAUUAUCAGUUAUUGGAAAAUGAAGCAGUGUUUAAUAUAUACCUAGUAGUCACAUAUUUCUAGGUGGUAUCUAAAGCAAGUCUGUGAAAAAAAUUCAUAGUUUUGGUAAAUAUCUUCAACAGAAUCAGUUGGUUAAUUACGUGGAUCAAAUGUCAUUUUAUGUUAUAUAUGGCUUGAAGUAGGAACAGCUUGACAAAAAUAAAACAAAUGCUUAUGCUAGAUUUUGUUCCAUCACAAGGUAUUGAAUUGUUUAUUCAUUCCAUGUGUAAUGGCUUUAACAAGUUUUUUUUUUCAAAUGUUGCUGACGGAUGUUU